AUGCUCGCCAUGUUCCGCAACAAGGUCCUCGUGCGCGCCGGCCCCUCCUCCUCCUCCUCAACACCACCGCCGCCGUUCCUCCUCCGCCAGGUGUGCUUCUCCACCGACGUUCCAUCCGUCGACAUCGAAAUCCUCUGCUGCAGGCUGUCCCGCCGCCACCGUCUCGCGUGCCUCCCCCAGCCCCCAGCCGACGCCCUUCUAGUCUACCAGAGAUGCCAGUCUGCUGCGGCCGCGGAGGCGGCCUCCGAAAUCGCGGCAGCCUUCCUGGACGCCUCAGUUGGUGAGGAGGAGGAGGUGGUGUGUUCGGGCGCACUGGUUGCGAAAGCAGUUGAGUGUGGACUGCGAUGUUUGAUGCUCGAGCGUGGAUGGAGGUUUGUUGGGGGGAGCAUAUUCGUCGACUCCACAUUUGCUGCGACCGAGGAGAGGACUGAUCUGCGCGCGUUGAAUGUGGAAGUCAGAUCUGGACUAAAUGAUGAUUACGAGUUUGUUGUCUCACCUGAUGCAUUUCGGUUUACUGCACUUAAGAUCUCUGAUGUUGCUAGCUCCAGUGUGAUGGAAACAUUCCAACGCACUGAGGAAGUAAGUUUGGAUGGUUGUAGCCCCCUGACAGCUUGUGCAAUUCUUCCAACAUUACAGGAAGGUCAUGUGAUAGGUUUUAGCAAAUUACUUCCUUCAGGGCAGAGCUUGGACAACUUUACGGAGCUUUGUGCAGUUAAGCAUGGUUUAGAGACGAACUAUAGUUAUCAUGCAGCAGUCAAAGUGACAUGUGGAGUUUCCUGGGAGAAGCAAUGGUUGCCCUCUCCAUUAGUCCUCCAAGGUUCAGGGCUUCAACCUGCCCUAAAAUCUGUUAGAGCAUCAAAGGCAAUGUCUUCCUUGCAGUUCUUUGUAGAAUUGUUGACAGCUUGGAAUUUCUUUGGUCAGAAUCAAUUUGUAGUUAAGGAACAAUUGCUAGUUAGCCGCACGACAAUUCUGCCUACUUGGGACAAAGCCAUAAGUAAAUUGUCAGUGCAGACUGCAAGAACCGACAAUUCAGAGGAUCUUGGUUUAGUUCAUACAAGUUUUAUGGCCAAAGACCAAUCACUGAAUCUAGAUUUCCGCACCCCAAAACCAGCUGUCUUCUGCUCUUCGAGUGCCAAAGUUCACGAGCUUCCUCGGUGUAUGGAUGAUGAUGGCACUAGCAAUGGCACCCGUUCCACCAACCAUUUUUGUCCAUCACAACCUAUUGUCCUAACCAGUUCAUCCAAGUCGCAAGUUACAUUAUUGAAGCCUUCAUUCAGCAGAAGUAAACGAGCAAAUGAAAACAAAACAAGGUGCUCUUCAGAACGAUCUUAUGCUGACAGUUCAAACAAAUCGAGUGAAACUGGCCUACCAAAACCAUCACACAGAAGUUCUCCUAAGGCAAGCCAUGCUAACCCUAUCAAUUCAUCAAGUGCAAUUCUUGUCAAUCAAGUCAUUCAGGUUUCUGUGCAUCCUAAAAGAAAGCGCGCCGAGUUUCUGGAGAACAGUGAUAAAGGAGAAACUGCAAAAGUGCACCAAAAAGAUUGUUGCGAAAGGAGGAACUUGGACACAAUAAAGAGUAAAGACUAUACGACAGAUGUCCCACAUGACACAAAAUUAAUGCUGGAUAUCAAGGAUGUGCUUAGCGCAAAAACAAUAGAGACAAAAUCAAAGUCUAUGGUUGGCAAGGAUGAGAUAAACGCCACGACAAAAUCAAAAAGAAAGCCAGCAGUUGUCAAAGAGGAGUUAACUAAAAAGGCGAUAGAUCAUCAGAAGGAUGUUACUCAAAAGGUGGCAAAGGCAAAGACAGUACUUGCUAAGGAUGAGCUAACUUUAACAGCGAAGACACAAACAAAACCCGAUGUUAACAAGAACGAGUCAGCUGAAAAGGCGAUAGAUCAUCAGAAGGAUGUUACUCAAAAGGUGGCAAAGGCAAAGGCAGUGCUUGCUAAGGAUGGGCUAACUUUACAAGCGAAGACAAAGACAAAACCCGAUGUUAACAAGAAUGAGUCAGCUGAAAAGGUCAUAGAUCAUCAUAAGCGAGGUGAGAUGCGUCUUCUUACAGUUGCUGAGCUGAAGUGCUUCCUCAGUAUAAAAAAGCAAAAGUUGGAGGUACAAAGGAAGUGCUUAUCCAAAGAGCAACUGAACUCCUUUCUUGAGAUAGCCUUAAAUGUGCAGUAAUGCGUCGCAACAUGGUGUAGAUUCAGGCUGCUUCAUCUACUGUGUGUUUAUAUUAUAUGCGGUCAGCAUGAUAUUGGAAGUACUCUCAGCAAACAUGAUAUUAGAUCAUUAAGAGGUAUUUACUUAUAUAAUCGGUAGAAUUGUUGAUAUCAAGCUGCUGUGCAUGAUAUUUUG